AUGGUUGAAAACGUGCUGGACGACAUCUCGCACCGGAGAUACAAUCCUCUUCGGGGCUCGUACAUCCUGGUCUCUCCCCACAGAACCAAGCGUCCUUGGCAAGGACAACAGGAGAGCCCCUCCAAGACCACAUUGCCUGCCUACGACCCGGCUUGCUAUCUAUGCCCCGGCAAUAAGCGCGCGCAGGGGGACACGAACCCCAAGUAUGAGAAGACUUUUGUUUUUGUCAACGAUUACAGCGCCGUCAAGGAGGAGCAAGCCCCUUACCAUCCGGAGGAUACAGACAAGACAGAGUCGUUCUUCCUUCAGGUAGAGCCCGUGACAGGCAAAUGCUAUGUGCUCAUCUUCUCUGCCGCUCACAACCUCACCCUGGCAGACUUGUCGCCGGCCGAGAUCAAGCCCGUCAUUGACGCCUGGACCGAGAUCUACUCAGCGCAUCUGUCUCCCAAGUCCCCCCUAGCUUCCGUGGCUCCUGCGACGACUCUGCCCCCCAACUCCUCCACUGCCAGUGUGUCCCAUCCCAGAGAGCAAUACCGGUACAUGCAGAUCUUCGAGAACAAGGGCGCUGCCAUGGGAUGCUCCAAUCCUCACCCGCACGGACAGGUCUGGACCACCAGCUCGCUGCCCGAAGAGCCCGCUAUCGAGCUGGAGCAUCUGAAGAAAUACCGGCGGGAGCACUCCGGCAAGCACAUGCUGGAAGACUAUGCCGCGCUGGAGAGCCAGAAACAGGAGCGCGUCGUGUUUGCGAACCAGGCUUUCCUGAUCGUCUGCCCCUGGUGGGCCACCUGGCCGUUCGAGACCAUGAUCAUCAGCAAGAAGCAUAAGCGCGCGCUGGUCGACCUGGACGACAACGAGAAGGCCCAGCUGGCCGAGGCCAUUGCCGAGAUCACCAGACGGUACGACAAUCUCUUCGAGACGCACUUCCCCUACAGCAUGGGCAUCCACCAGGCGCCCCUCGACGGCACCGACGAGGAGAUCGAGUCGUCGUACCUGCACUUGCAUUUUUAUCCUCCUCUGCUUCGCAGUGCGACCGUGCGGAAGUUCUUGGUCGGGUAUGAGAUGAUGGCCGAACCUCAGCGGGACAUUACCCCGGAACAAGCCGCGGCGAGAUUACGGGGUUGCGGGGGAGAGCUGUACCGGAAGAAGCUGGACGGCUGA